AAUCAAUCAAGUGCUUGGUGGAAAACUAAAGCGUGGAAAAAGUUGAUUAAAUAUUAUUGGAACUGUGUUAGUGAUAUUGCGGCAGGUUGAAGCGUGGGAAAUUGUUUACUACGAGUUGCAACAAUAUCAAACGAAACCUAAAGAUUUUCAGUAUAAAAAAAUGUCACUAAGCUGUUCCUAGACUAAUCAGUAACAUUUCAAUCAAUGAUCAGUGAUCGAAAAUACAAAAACAAGUGAAUCUCUUAAAUCAUGGAUAGAACAAUGUACGGAAAGAUCGAUCCGGGAGCCCGGCAACCUUAUCGCACUGUUCGGAGUAAGGGUAUUCUACCAGGCUAUGCCCUUUUAGCCGAUCUGCAGAACAGUGUGCCGGGUCAACCGCAGCAGCCCCAGCCCCAAUAUGGUACUGUCCAGCCCAAGCAUCAACCCUUGCAACAUCAACAACAACAGCAACAGUUUGUAGACAACACGCCUGGUUAUGGAAGUCUCAGGGGCAAAGCCCAGCCCCAGGUGUAUCAAGAGCACUACAGCGUAGAGACACGUUCCCCAACGGGAGGACAGGACUACAAUGGCUCCUCGACGGUGCCGAGUUACGUUAACCAGGGAUCUCUGCCACGACAGGCGGCGGCAGGAAACACUGGACUCUCAGAGCUAGACUCCUUGUUGCAGGAUCUGCAGAGUGCUCGUUACAAUGGGGUGGACAAGAAGGAUAUCGAUAUUCCGGUGAACUACAGCACUCCAGUCUCGAAAUAUAAUACGAUUAAUAGCUAUGCCACCGUGGAGGAGCGUCCCACAAUGGACAGCCUGCUGAAUGAACUGGACAAUGCUCAUAUCUAUGCUGUGCCCAAUGGAUCUGCACACAAAUCACCGACGCCGGGACGUCAUGUCACCAUCACCGUUCGUGAAACGAAGACGGAGAAGCUGUCGGGACCCGAUGGACCAGUUGGCACUGUGGAGGAACAGAUUGUUCAGCAGAAGGAUUCCUAUACGCCCAACCAUGCUGUUCCGGGCCAACAGGUCCAUCAGGCUUAUACAUCGCAGGCCACCAAGGAACUAGAUGACUUGAUGGCAUCUUUAUCCGACUUCAAGGUUAGCAACGGAACAAACGGCAUCGGAAACGGAAGUCAUUCGCAACAGCAUUCGUCGACGGUGCAACAUCAGACGGUAACCGACUACGCCAGACCGAACAAGGGUAGCCAACAGGCCCAUCUCACCCAGACGAUCGAGGAGACGACCAUCGUCGAGGACAGUCGCGAGGAUCAGUUGGAUUCUAUGCUAGGAAAUUUACAAGCGAAUAUGAGUCGCCAAGGAGUUAAUACCGUACAGAAGGGCUGCUGCAAUGCCUGCGAGAAGCCCAUUGUUGGCCAGGUGAUCACCGCCCUGGGCAAGACAUGGCAUCCAGAGCACUUCACUUGCAAUCACUGCAGCCAGGAGUUGGGUACCCGCAAUUUCUUCGAACGCGAUGGCUUCCCCUACUGCGAACCGGAUUACCAUAAUCUGUUUAGCCCACGUUGCGCCUACUGUAACGGUGCCAUUCUGGACAAGUGCGUAACGGCGCUGGACAAGACCUGGCACACAGAGCACUUCUUCUGCGCCCAAUGUGGCCAGCAGUUCGGCGAGGAGGGAUUCCAUGAGCGCGAUGGCAAGCCCUACUGUCGCAACGAUUACUUCGAGAUGUUUGCCCCGAAGUGCAAUGGCUGCAACAGGGCCAUCAUGGAGAACUACAUCUCGGCGUUGAACUCGCAGUGGCAUCCGGACUGCUUCGUCUGCAGGGAUUGCAAGAAGGCCGUUCGCGGCAAGUCCUUCUACGCCAUGGAGGGCAAGCCCGUAUGUCCACAGUGCGUGGGCGUCGAUGAGGAGGAGUAGAAGAGAUCCAAAAACAACAACAACAACAACAGCAGCAAACUUGUUGCUGAAGUUCAGCAGCCAAAACGAAAAUAGAACCCGGUGGCAGCGGCUUCAGAUACAUUUUUGUAUCUAGCUGCGUGCCACUUUUUUUUUAUUAUCAGCGUCAUGAAGAUUUCGGGCGGCCAAAACAGCUGCCCGCCGUCCGUCUCGGGCUAUUUUCGUUGCGGGUCUAGGAGCAACACAAAAGCAACAUAUACACAGCAGCAACACGCACAGCAGCAACAUCGGCAGUGGCAACAGCAAUUUAACCCCCUUAUUACCCCCUUUUUUUCGCUCGCCCAGCUGGCCCGCUCCUCCCGAAGGGGCAGGUGCCGCUGGGGACAAUGAGUCUCGCGAGUCCCCGAAAACCAGCCCUCUAUGAUGGUCUUUUUGCCCCCCUUUUGCCCCUGAACUCCCACGACUUGUUGAACACUUUUCUAUGCAAUUUUUGUAGGCUUAAGUUAAUAGGUACUUUUUAAAUUUGAAAUCAUUUAUGAAAAUGACCAACAAUAUUGUAAUUUGUUUUUGUAAAUAAAAUUUUAAUAAUUAAA